AUGGCCACCGUCACUGAUCUCCCACUUAGCGACGUGAAUAGCUACGACUAUGUCAUUGUCGGAGGUGGCACCGCGGGAUGUGUUAUCGCCAGCCGGCUGGCACAAUACUUGCCCAACAAGCGCAUAAUCCUCAUCGAGGCCGGCCCUAGCGAUUAUAUGGACGACCGCGUCCUGCUGCUGAAGGAUUGGCUCAACCUGCUGGGAGGAGAGCUCGACUACGAUUAUGGAACCGUCGAGCAGCCCAUGGGCAACAGCCACAUCCGACACUCACGCGCAAAGGUCUUGGGUGGUUGCUCCAGUCACAACACGCUCAUCUCCUUCCGUCCAUUCAAAUAUGACUGUGAGCUCUGGGAGCAGCAAGGCUGUAAGGGUUGGUCCUUUGAGACCUUCACUCGCGUGCUCGACAACCUGCGCAACACCGUGCAACCAGUCCACAGCCGCCACCGUAACCAGCUGUGCAAGGACUGGGUCGAGGCAUGCUCCACUGCCAUGAACAUCCCCGUCAUUCACGACUUCAACAAGGAGAUCCGCUCCAAGGGAGAGCUCACCGAGGGCGUUGGCUUCUUCUCCGUGUCUUACAACCCCGAUGACGGUCGCCGGAGCAGCGCCAGUGUGGCCUACAUUCACCCGAUCCUGCGGGGAGAGGAGAAGCGCCCCAACCUGACAAUUCUCACGAACGCGUGGGUCUCGCGCGUUAACGUAGAUGGUGACACUGUCACUGGUGUUGAUCUGGCCCUGCAGUCCGGCGACAAGCGUACGCUGCGUGCCAAGAAGGAAACUAUUCUCUGCGCUGGUGCCAUUGAUACCGCACGACUGUUGCUUUUGUCCGGGCUGGGCCCGCGUGAGCAGCUCCAGUCGCUGUCCAUUCCUGUGGUUAAAGACAUCCCUGGUGUGGGUGAGAACCUGAUGGACCAUCCGGAGUCGAUCAUUAUCUGGGAACUCAACAGGCCUGUGCCUCCGAACCAGACGACUAUGGACUCGGAUGCGGGUAUCUUCCUCCGUCGUGAGGCGCCCAACGCUGCUGGCUCGGACGGCCGCGCCGCAGACCUCAUGAUGCACUGCUACCAGAUCCCUUUCUGUCUCAACACCGCCCGCCUGGGCUACGAUACCCCCGUGGACGCCUUCUGCAUGACCCCCAACAUUCCUCGACCGCGCUCGCGUGGUCGCCUCUACCUGACUUCUGCGGACCCCAGAGUCAAGCCGGCUCUUGACUUCCGCUACUUCACAGACCCUGAGGGAUACGAUGCCGCAACCAUCGUGUACGGUUUGAAGAAGGCCAGAGAGGUUGCCAAGCAGGCUCCCUUUAAGGAUUGGAUCAAGCGCGAGGUGGCUCCAGGUCCUAACGUCAACACUGACGAGGAAUUGUCCGAGUACGGCCGUCGUGUAGCUCAUACCGUGUACCACCCUGCUGGUACCACCAAGAUGGGAGACAUUAGCCGGGACCCGUACGCAGUGGUCGACUCCCAGCUCAAGGUCCGCGGUCUCAAGAACGUCCGCAUCGCUGAUGCUGGUGUCUUCCCUUCGAUGCCCACCAUCAACCCCAUGCUCACGGUGCUGGGUAUCGGCGAGCGGGCCGCCGAGCUGAUUGCGGAGGAGGCUGGCUGGAGGCCCCAGCAGCCGAGACUGUAA